AAGAAGGCAUAAACGGACGAUCCAAAGAACGCCCCUCUCCUCUCUCCAUCUACUUCUUCUUUCUCUCUCUACAGCUAUAUCUACAAAGAGAAUCAUCAACACUAAAAUUAAUGCAUCAAAAUAGUAAUCUAAUAAAGUAAAAGGUGCUCUCUGUUUUACACAUCUUUACUGGGUUUCGUCUUGUUUUCUCAUUCCUGUACAUAUAAUUCUCAACUGGGUUCUCUCUUUAGCAUCAAAUGGAAAUGGUUUAGAUAAGGGAAACCAAGCAGAGAAAUCUGAAGAAAAAGAGGGAUCUUUUUUGUGUCUUGGAUACAGAGAGAGAGAAAGAGGGGUCUAGUGUUGUUUGUUUGAUUGAUUGAUCAUGGCUGUUGCUGAGAAUGCUGGAGUUAGGAAUGGAACCGCUGGUCAAAACUUUGACAACACUGUAGUGUCGUCAGAGACCAAUGAUCUUGAGAGAACAUCAUCAAAACCCAGAAACGAAUCAGUGGGUUUCAGUAAUACUAAAGACUCAAACUUUCAAAGCCAAAACAAUGAUCAUCAGAGUGUUAACGGCAAGUCUGGUGAGACUGGGGGUUUAAGCAAUGGAAAGACUAAUGGGGCCCAGAUGCAAAAUGGGUUUGAUAUGAAUCAGUCUGGUGGCUAUGGGGAUGAUCAGAUUCGUCAUCAAAAGUCUAAAUCUAAUGAGGUGAAUGAUAUGAAUGAUUUGGUGGAGAUGCUGUCAAAGCUGAAUCCUAUGGCCGAAGAGUUUGUGCCUCCUUCACUCGCUAAUCAUCAUGGAUACUUUGGUAACGGGUUUGGCAUUAAUGCUAACAAUUUUGUAGUGCAAACCAUUAACGGGAAUGCCAAUGGACCUAUUAAUAGAAGGAAGAAGAACUUUAAUCAAGGGAGGCGAAGGAUGAACAGCAGGACAAGUAUGGCUCAGCAAGAGGAGAUAAUCAGGAAGACUGUAUAUGUUUCUGACAUUGAUCAACAGGUUACUGAAGAGCAGCUUGCGGGGCUCUUUAUUCACUGUGGACAGGUUGUUGACUGUCGUAUAUGUGGUGACCCUAACUCUGUUCUUCGUUUUGCCUUUGUUGAGUUUACUGAUGAAGAGGAUGCCAGGACUGCAUUAAGUUUGUCAGGGACAGUUCUUGGAUAUUACCCACUAAGAGUGCUGCCUUCAAAAACUGCUAUUGCACCUGUUAACCCAACAUUUUUGCCAAGGUCUGAAGACGAGCGUGAGAUAUGUGCAAGGACUAUUUAUUGUACAAAUAUUGACAAAAAGAUCACCCAGGCAGAUGUCAAGCUCUUCUUUGAAUCCUUUUGCGGAGAGGUUCAUCGCUUGAGGCUCCUUGGAGAUUAUCAUCAUUCAACCCGCAUUGCUUUCGUUGAGUUUGCAGUGGCUGAGGGUGCAAUUGCAGCACUGAACUGCAGUGGUGCGGUUCUGGGAUCACUGCCAAUAAGGGUGAGCCCAUCGAAAACACCUGUUCGCCCUCGCAUCCCUCGCCCACUGUUCAACUGAAUCAUGCCUAAUGCUUCCUGGACUGAUCAACUGCUGAGAGAUAUAUUUAUAUAAAUACAUAUAUAGAUACUGAAAUCUUUUGAAGGUACUUGUGGCGUUUAUAUCUAUAUCCUAGCAUGUUAGCCCGGUAUCUUUGUUACCUACAGGGGGGUCGUUUAUUUUGUCUGUCAGACUAUAGAGUUGGAUGGGAUUUCAAGGAUAUGAAUGGCUUUAUAUAUGUUGCAUGUCAUGAUGAAUUUCUUGAGAACUCAAUACUGUUGGGAUAUUUCAUGACAAUUGAGAUUGACUCCUUUUCAA